GACAACCAACAUAAUUACAGAUUUACCAGCUGAGCUUCAAAUGCUAGGCUCAGUGUAAAAUUGCUGAGUUUUAUUAAUUUUUAUUAUGGGCGACGAAGAAUUAAAUUCUAGUAAAACAUGUGAUAAAAAGAAACAUAAUGUUGUUAUAAUUGGGGCUGGUAUGGCCGGCUUAGCCGCCGCCAAUUACCUUAUCAACAAUGGCAUGGAAGACUUUAUCAUAAUAGAAGCAAGAAAACGCAUCGGUGGUCGUAUUAUUUCAAUACCUAUGAAGAAUCAUAGAGUAGAAUUAGGAGCAAAUUGGAUACAUGGCGUUCUUGGUAAUCCCAUAUAUGAACUGGCCACAGCAAAUGGACUUGUCAAUAUAAUUAACGUACCGAAACCGCAUAAGGUUAUAGCAGCGACAGAGGAUGGCAAGCAGGCACCUUUCAAUGUUCUGCAGGAAAUUCAUGAAGCAUAUGUCUGUUUCUUGCGCAGGUGCGAAGAAUACUUCUUGUGUCAGUAUUUGCCUCCACCAGACAUCAACAGUGUCGGUGAGCAUAUAAAUCUAGAAGCUACAAUAUACUUAGAACGCUUGCCGUCGUCUGAAGAAAAGAAACUGCGUCGAUUGAUCUUCGAUUGUCUUUUAAGAAGGGAAACAUGUAUAUCUGGAUGUAAUUCUAUGGAUGAAAUUGAUCUCUCAGAACUUGGUAGUUAUACAGAAUUACAGGGUGGUAAUAUAUUAAUACCCUCUGGGUACAGUAGUAUUUUACAAUUGAUGACAAAAAAUAUUCCUUCUGAAAAAAUAAUAUCAAAUUGCCCAGUGAAAAAAAUUAACUGGAAUUCAAAUGGUAAUUCUGAUGAUUUAGGAGAAGAAUCUGAAGAUUCAGAUCAAACUGUGAUAGAGGAUGUUUCUAAGGCAUCAAAUAAUCAUAAGAUAACUAAGUUGGAAGUUAAUGUGGAUGAAAAGCCAAAGAAGAGAUCAAAUUAUGUAGAAGUACAAUGUGACAAUGGAGAAAGUUACUAUGCUAAUCAUGUUAUAUGCACAAUACCCUUAGGAGUGCUUAAAGAUCAUGCAGCAACAUUAUUUGUUCCUCAGUUACCACAGUACAAAAGGGAGUCAAUAGAACGAUUAUUAUUUACCCCAGUUGAUAAAAUUUUUUUAGAGUAUGAUAGACCUUUUCUUAAUCCUGACAUAACAGAAAUUAUGUUGUUAUGGGAUAACUCAGGUUCCCAAGAAAGUAUGGCUGAUUCAUGGUACAAAAAGAUCUAUUCUUUUACUAAAGUAAGUGAGACCCUGUUGUUGGGUUGGGUUUCAGGUAAAGAGGCUGAAUAUAUGGAAACUCUAUCCAUGGAAGAAGUAGGAAUAACUUGUACUAAAAUUUUGAGGAAAUUUUUAAAUGAUCCCUUUGUCCCUGAACCAAUAUUAUGUGUGUGCACAAGUUGGAACAAGCAGCCUUACACAAGAGGUGCAUAUACUGCCAUAGCAGUAGGUGCAAGUCAAAGCGACAUUGAGAGCUUAGCACAACCUUUGUUUAGGAAUGCAAGAGAUAAAAAGCCAGUAUUACUGUUUGCGGGCGAACAUACACACAGCAGCUUUUAUUCCACUGUGCAUGGAGCUUUUUUGUCUGGUCAAACUGCAGCAAAAAGGGUGUUGAACCCAGAUAUGUCUGGUGAGAAUGAAUUAGAAUGUCCUGGUUCAGCAGAUUUGCAAGCUUGGAUACAAGGCAUUCAGAUAAACGGAUAUAAUUAAGAUACUGGCAAGCUAAUAAGUACAUAAGCUUUUGUUGGGCAAAAGCACCUACAUGACAAUGGCAGCAGGCCUGUUAUAAUUUAUAUAGACUCUGUAGAAUGUGAUAGUAAUUAAUAUUUAUUUAGGAUAACAGAAGGGAGGGUGGUAGCUUGUAGAUAACCACUAGAGAACGCAAUACUUAUUUUUUUUUACUAUGACAAAUGAAUUGGAAUACAACAAUUAAAGGAUUGUGACAAUUUUCUAAUGAAUUACUUAAAUUUUUUUCUGCUUAUGCAUUGAAGUUGUUUUUAUUGUAAUGAUGCUUGGCAAUUUUUUUCUUGGGUUGUAAUAAAUGAUUUGAUGUUUCAGAUUACAAGCUUAAUUUAUUUAUUGUUGUUUUUAAUGAAGUAUGUUGACAUUGGUUUUUAAAUAUAAAUGAAUUUCUUAUUAUAUUGUAGUGGAAAUUUACAGUUUUAUAUCAGUGCAAUGUUUUGUAUAGCUUUAUUAUUCAUAGCUUUUCUAUGAUUAAAAAAUUGUUGAUAAUUACAACAUGUACCAUAUAUAUUGAAAGUAACUAACUGAUUAUUUCAAGGCAAUCGAAAGUAUGUGUAGUGUUUAUGAUUUUUUUCUGGACAUAUUUGUUUUUUUUUAUAUGUAAUAAGAGACUUCAAUGUUAAUAACUUACAAGUCUUGAUGAUGCAUUGCAAUGUUUAAAUUUAAUAAGAUUUCCAUCUUAUAUUAAGAAGUAUUUUACUCACCCAAAGUGUUUCAGACUGUACAGUGCAUACCAAAGUUUCAUAUGAUAAUGGCAUAACAAGUUUUUGGAAUCAAUGUAGUAUUAUAUAUUUUUCUUAAUUGGAAGUGUUUGAACAUAAAAUGGUAAAGGAAUUGUAAAUAAACGAAAUUGUUAGAAUAAUGUUCUGAAUUUUUUCAAGUUAACCUGCAAUUCAUUGUUCUAGUCAGGUGCAGGUUUUUUAUUGCUUAAAUAAAAUCAUUGAAACAUU